GCUGUCAGGACUACAGAAGAAGAAUUAAGGAAGUGAGAAACCAAAACAAUCCAGAGAAGGUUACUCCUUUACUGAUGCAAGAAGAUUUGGAAUAUUAAAUAGGAAAUAUAGAUAUUAUAUGCAUUAUGGGCCAGCUCAUGUCAUCAGAGGGGGAGCUUGCUGAACUGAAGGAGACAGUUGGCUUUGUUAUCUAUGAUGCCAUGGUGGAGCAGGGAGCAGUUCCUGACCUCUCAGUGGUUCAUCCUUUGCUCCUAGCCAAUCAAAACGAGGAAUAUGUCUUCCAAGAGCAUCUGCUAGAGAUUCAGAGGGACCUGGGCAAACGGGCGCCAACCUACCUGAGGGAUUUGAUUGGCCGACUGUCAGCCUUCUCUGAUGAGCCACGCCUGGCUGGCCUGGUGGGCUUAGUGGUCACUAUGGUGAUGGAUGUAGCCUACACGUCAUCGAACCAGUCGCCGGGGGUUACAGGGAGACCAGCAGGUUCUUCGUCAUGUCAGCAGAGAGUCUGGGAGCUUCAGGAGGUUAUGGAGGAGUACCUGAAGAGGUGUAAAAUCAGCCUAAGCGAUAAAAGAAGGUUGAUUGAGGACUCAGUCCGGCUUGAGGCCCAGUUAAGCCUGAUCCUCACUCAGCUGAAGACAUGUUUGCUUGGGGGGGGCUGCGACUCCAGAUCCCUCCGACACUGGGCCUGUGGAGCUGCAUUUCACACCCAAAUGUUGGUUCAUCUCGCUUGUUUUGAGGAUAAACCUGAACCUUUAUCUGCAAGGGCAGCACUGGAUCAAUACAGGGAAGAUUUCAAACAGAUCAGAGCUGCCUACAGGUGUUAUAAGUCUACUACAGUCUGCAUUUUGAAAUGCAGAGGUUUCGUAGGAGAUUCUGACCCGUCCCAAGAUGUGCCAGAGGAGGGUGCUAUGACAGGUCUCACUGUGACUGACAGAGAGUCGGGAAAGAGCGUGACCAUCCCCCUGUCUGUCAUGGAGGCAGAGAUAGGUCGAAGGAAGUCUUCCCAAGUUAACCUUGACCUCAUCACCUCAGAAUACUACUCUGAGGCAUACCUGGACCACCUUUUCUCUGAUAGCGGACCUGUGGCAGAGCUGGAGAACUACUUUAUAGAUGCUAGUGAGAGACUAGCGACACACCAAACUGAUCUGCACAGUAAAAAGACAGGGGAGAGAAAAGCAGUACAUGCAAAAGAAGAUGGGAAUCUUUUAUGCAAUUCAGAAAGAAUAUCUUCUGGAGUGGGCGGAGCAGAAAUGAAAACGAAAAAUGAAAAGCCAACAGAAAGCAGUGAACAAGACGUAAGUUUGAAACUGAGUAUUGUUGAAACAGAGCCAGAGCAAAGCCUCAUUCACACAAGACAGGAUUCAGCAAAUGGAAAAAGCUGAAGUGGUCGGCCCUUUACUGAAGGAAACUGAUAAGUCGCACUCAAGCAGUUGAAAAUAUGACCUCUAUAGCUUGUAAUUCACUCAGAAAUAUGAUUUUUAUUGAUUUGUUAGCAGAACAGCGAACCUGAGCGCCAACCUCUGGGGCUGCAAAAAUCAAUUGGUAUGUGCUGGAAAAUACAGUUUCUUAAACAACUA